AGAUAAAACCCAGUAUUAACACAGUAAAGCGGAUUAUUCUUUCAAAGAACUACGUUAAAAGACACUAACAGACGGGAUGAGAGUGAAAAGUCAGGUUGGAGUCGGUUCUCUCGCUGCUGAAGAAGUUGGAGGAGAGCGUGUUGGCUGAAGAAAGGAGGCUGACGGUACAAGGCCCCGCCCCCGAUGCCCCGCCCGCACGCAUACCUGCGCGUCUCAGAGAAAUCAUCACCAAGAACCUGAGGGACAGCGGCAUGUCGUCGGUUCUGUCCCUGCAGGAGGAGAACCGGGUCCUGCAGAGCGAAGUGGGCCGACUCGAGGACCUGCUGGCCCACAGCCGUGCCGACCGUGAUGAGCUCGCCAUCAAAUACAGCGCCAUCAGCGAGAGGUUGGAGCAGGCCCUGAGGUUGGAGGUGGGCGUGGCUGACGGUGAGUCUCCUGAGUGUGUGAGUCUCUCUCAGCAGUUGCUGGAGCUUCGCCGGCGUCUCGAUGAAGAACAAAACGCUUACAAGCGCAAACUGGCCGCCUACCAGGAGGGGCAGCAGAGGCAGGCUCAGCUCGUCCAGAAACUACAGGCCAAGGUGCUGCAGUAUAAGAAGAAGUGCAGUGAUAUGGAACACUCUCUGAUGGACAAAUCCUCGGACCUCGAGCCCAGCAGAGUGUGUAGUCGCUGUGAGAGGUUCAGUAACGGUCAGGACGAGUCUGCUAGUGAGCUGGAAACGGCCCUCAUCCGCCUGGAGGAGGAGCAGCAGAGGAGCAGCAGUCUGGCCGCGGUUAACGCCAUGCUGCGCGAGCAGCUGGAACAGGCCGGGCUAGCCAACGAGGCGCUGAGUCAGGACAUCCGCAGGCUGACUGCUGAUUGGACCAAAGCGAGAGAGGAGCUGGAGCAGAAAGAAGCUGAUUGGAGGAGAGAGGAGGAGUCGUUCCAUAACUACUUCAGCACUGAGCACAGUCGGCUGCUGACUCUGUGGAGGCAGGUGGUCAGUUUCCGCCGGGCCGUGUGCGAGAUGAAGAGCGCCACCGAGAGGGAUCUGUCGGCGAUGCGCACCGAGCUAGCGCAGGCGGCUCAGAGCGUACAGCUGCAGUGUGUGUGCGUGUGUGUGGCGGUCCGGAGUCGUGAGGACGGCUCGGCGCUGGUGCUGGAGCGGGAGGCGGCUCAGCGGGUCGUCCUGGAACAGCAGCUCAGAGAGACGGAGAACCAGAUCGCCAGGAGCCAAUCGGAGCGAGAGAAGCUCAGCGGCAGGCUGGCGGAGGCGCUGAGGGAGGUGGAGAGACUGAACGCUCGGGCGGAGGACAGAGAGAACGAGGUGGCGGUACUCACCCGGAGGCUGCAGGAGCAAAAUGGGAAUGAGGAGUCAGAGCUCCAUACACUUAAAGCUCACACUGAUACUCUGCUGGACACACUGAGGGACAUCACACAGUUGAUCCUGUCAGACUCAGACGGUGCAGCGUUGGGUUCGUCAGUAGACGGAGAAUCGGAGAACUCCGUGUUAGCUCUGUUACCGCUGAUACGAAGCUCCUCCCCCCACCGCUCCUCAUCACCACAACGAUCCUCAUCCUCAACGUCCACCCUCCUGAUCCCUGAGUCCGCUCUAUCGGCCCUGCGCACCAUGGCAACCAACAAACACCUUCAGCUGCAGGAGGUCAGAGGUCGUCUGCAGUCAGCCCAGUCGUCGGUGCACCAGCUGCGCAGACAGCAGGCGGAGGCAGAGUCAGGCAGAAAGGAGGCGGAGCUACGUCUGCAGGCCAUGCAGGGCGAGAGAGACGACUCUCAGAGAGAGAGAGAGACAGCGCUGAGGGAGAGAGACAGAAUCCGCCUGGACCGAGACAGAAUCAACAGUGAAAAGGAGAGCGCGGAGAAGUCUGCGCAGGCGCUGCAGACCAGCGCGCAGCUGCUGCAGCUGGACUGCGAGAGGCUCCAGCAGGCCGCGGCGUCGGCGCAGAGAGAGCGAGCUCACGAGCUGGUGGAGAGGGAGACGGCUGCGGAGGAGAGAGACCGAGCUAAAGCCGAGACCGACCGAGUUCAGACUCAGUUGGGACAGAGUGAAAGUCGCUGCAGCUCCCUCCGCUCGGAACUUGCUGCACUGAAGGAGACUCUCCAGCAGGGGGAGAUAGAGAGACAGCUGCUCAAAACGGAGAAUAGUCAACUUACGGACGCGCUGGGCAGGGUGGAGUCCAGUAACGCUGCGCUGUCGGUGUUGUUGGUGAAGCUGCGCUCUGAGGAAGCUUCACUCCGAGACGCUCUCACUAAAACCAGCGGCUUAAACGAGGGACUCGCCCAGGAUAAAUCAGAGCUAAACACCAUCAUACUACAGUUGGAGGAGGAGAGGAGCGCUCUGCAGGCUCAGAGGAGAGAAGCCGAGCAGGAGAAGCUCACCAUCAGAGACGAGCUGGUCCGAUUAGAGCAGGAGCGACUGGAGCUGGACUCCGCCCGCCUCGCCCUCUACCAGUCCCUGCAGGAGUCCCAGCAGGCCAGGUCAGGCCUGGAGGCGGAGCUUCACGUGGUCCGGACGGACAGACACAAACUGCAGGAGAAAGUUACACAGCUGUGUGCUGAGGUGAGCUCGCUGGGUGCGGAUCUGGGCGUGGCCCGUGGCGAGGGUGAGAGAAAGGGCGUGGCUCUGGAGGAAGCCGGGCGGACCCGGACGGAGCUUGCCCGCGAUAGGGCGGGGCUCCUGGUUCAACUGACCGCAUCUGAAAGAGAAAACGCCGCGCUGACGGAGGAGCUGGCAGCGUUCAGGUCGGAGAGGGAGCUGUUGGAGGCCGGUCUGUUUGAUGUCCAGCAGCAGUUGAUGCAGGUAGAAUCACGCAGAGAGCAGCUGGAGACCGAAAACCACAACCUGAGAUCUCGCACCGACAGCCUGACAGCGGAGCUGAAGCGCCUCCGUGCCGAGGGAGAGGCGGCGGCAGCCCAGAGCGAACGAGAACGGCAGGCUCUGAAACUGGAGGUGCUGAGCGCCCAGCAGGAGGCGCAGACCUCUCUCCGGAACGCUCUGUCUGACCACCAGGAGGAGCUGGAGAGACUCACCGACGAGAAGGAGGCGUUGCGGUGCAGCCUGGAGGCCGAGCAGCAGGAGGCGCUGCGACGUGCGAGGGAGGAGAUGGAGGAGCGACUGCGCAGAACGGAAAGAGAGAGGGAGGAGCUGCAGGAGGAGACGCGAGCUCUACAGCACGCCCGAGACCAGAGCCUCCUGCAGGCCGAGAGCGAGAAACAGCAGGCUCUGUCGCUGAAGGAGGCGGAGAAGGCGGUGCUGGCGGAGAGAGCGUGCUCCCUACAGGCCGAACUGAGCUCCGCCACGCUGGAGGUGGAACGACUGAGCAGAGAAACGCAGCGCCUGAAGGAUCAGGAGAGGGCUGCAGUAGGAGCCCUGAACGCCGAGCUGCAGGAGCUGCGCUCGAAGCUGGAGGAAACCGUCAGCUCUGACAGUCGGGACCUGCGCAGACUGCAGGAGAACUGCACCGAGCAGCAGACCCGCGCAGACACGGCACUCAGAGAGCUGGAGGAGUGUCGGGCUCUGCUGGCCACCAGCGAGGAGAGCCGGGACACCACGAGGCGGGACCUUCAGGAGAUGGACAGACGUCUGGGGCAGUCCCGCGACGCCGGGGAGGUGCAGCGCCGAGACACGGCGGACCUCCGACGCUCCCUCGGCGACAUCGCCAAAGAGAAGGACGCCCUGAACCAGUCGAACGGGCAGCUGAGGGACGCGCUGAGGGCCGCCGAGAGCGAACGCAUCAGCGUGAAGCGUCAGUGCGAGGAGAAGGAGCAGCGGGUGGCCGUGCUGGAGGAGACGCUGUCGUCUGCGCAGAAGGAGGUGGCGGAUCUGCGCAGCUGCCUGCGGGAGGUGGAGCGAUCGCGACUGGAGGCCAGACGAGAACUGCAGGAACUGCGCAGACAGGUGAAGGUGCUGGACGGGGAGCGGGAGCAGAGAGGCAGGGAGGUGGCGGAGCUCCAGGCUCGACUCUCCCUGGAGGAGCAGCGUGAGGAGGAUCGAGGGAAGGAGAUCUUCUCCGUGAAGCAGAGGCUCGCCGAGGCCGAGGAGGCCAGGAACGUGCUCAGAAAAGAGCUCUCGGCGGUGCAGAAGAGGCUCGGAGAAAGCGAGACCGGGCGGCUGGGCGCCGAGCGUGACUUCGACUCCCGGCUGCAGGAGCUGCGCGGCUCCGAGCGGAAGCUGCAGGAGGAGGUGAAGAGUCUGAGCGCGCGCCUGCAGGCCGGGGCCGAGGCGUCCGCGCAGGCGCAGCUGCAGCUCGGCGAGGCGCAGGGACGCCUGAGCGCCACGGAGGCGGAGCUAAUGCGGUCCGAGGCCGCGCGCCGGGACCUGGAGUUCCGGAUGGCCAGCCUGCAGUCUGCGCUCACCAGGACCCUGGGCAUCGGGGGGCGGGGCUUAAGAGGACGCAGUCCGGCAGGAUCCGCCCACUCCUCGCUCGUUUCUGUGGCGAUGACGCGGCGCAGGAGCAUGUCGCCCCUCCGCUGCUCUCUGUCGCCUCCUAAAGACAUGGUGGAUAAAUCCAGUAAAUCCAGUCCUGACAACACCAGCGCAUCUCUCCCUUUAUCACCUGAGAGAGGAGACACGCCCCUUCCUCUCCUCCAGCCCGACCUCGACCCCGAAACACUCCGCACCGGCCUCCGAGAGUUCCUGCAAGAGCUCAGAGAGGCUCAGAGAGAACGGGAUGAAGCACGCAGCCAGUUGGGGGCGCUGAAGAGAGAACUGGAGGAAAUGGGUUCAGAACGAGACUCGGUUCAGAAUCGCAUCGUUCAGUUACAGACCACGUUACAGGAGUGUCAAGAAGGGAAGCAUGGUGUGGACGGCAGGUUAAGUUCCACUCAGGCUUUACUGCAGCAGCAGGAGGAGGUGGUGAGGAGAGGAGAGAGAGAGAGAAGAACCCUCACCGAGAAACUUAAAGAACUUGAGAGAAGCCUGCAGAACUCUGAGACGGAACGCAGACACCUACAGGAGCAGUGCAGUAAGCUGCGUGCCGCUGAGGUUCGACUGGAGGCAGAGCGGCGUAGGUUGAGGGAGGCUCUCGAGGCAGCCGAGUCUCGGGCUACACGGGUGGAGCUCGGGAGGCGGAGCCUGGAGGGGGAGAUCCAGCGAAUGAGAGUGUGUCUUACUGAGAAGGAGAGCGAAGCACAAAGUGCUCAGGACAGGCAGGAUACAGCGAUCAAACAGGUGGUAGAGCUGGAGUCGCGUGUCUCAGGGUUACAGAGGGACGUGGACAGACUGACGUCGCUGCUCAGUAAAGCUCAGGAGUCUGAGAGCGCACAGAGAGAGCGAGCACAGAGUCUCAGUCAGAGCCUGCAGGAGACUAACAGCACCCACAGCGCCACCCAGGGGCGACUCGCCGCCCUGCAGAAGAACCUCACCCUCACGGAACAGGAGCGCAAACAACUGCAGGAGCGACUGGAUGGAACGAAGGCGUCUCUGUCUGAAGCUAAACGCACCGCGGCGGGUCUCACUGAGCGCGUGCAGAACCUGCAGUCGGAGCUCCUGCAGAGCCAGGCGAGGAGGGAGGAGCUGGAGUCGGAGCUCAGCAGCACUCAGGAGGCGCUGCGUCUGCGCUCGUCCGUUCUGUGUGAGGCGCAGCGCCUCCUGCAGGCGGCGCAGACCGAGCGGGCGUGUGUGGAGGAGAGAGUGUGUGUGCUGCAGAGAGCCGUCGCUCUGCUGGAGACGGAGAAGAGGGACGCAGAGAGACAGGCGGUGAGACUGGAGAAGGACAAGAACGCCCUGAGGAACACGCUGGAGAAGGUGGAGCGACAGAAGCUGAAGACGGAGGAGAGCAGCAUGCGUCUGUCUGCAGAGAAAGAACGACUGGAUCAGUCACUGAGUACAGCAGAGCAGGAGCUACAGCACACACACCGACAGAUCACACUGCUGCAGACCCAGCUGACCGAGUUGGAGGCGUCUCAGAGUCUGAACGAACGUGACGAAGCCCAGAAGGAGGCGGCGCUCCUGAGAGCCAGUCACCGAGAGCUGGAGCGACUACGAACCAGUCAGAAAGAGGUGGAGCGAACGCUGGCCAAUCGGGAGAGAGCUCACCGUCAGAGGGUGAAGGGACUGGAGGAGCAGGUGUCCACGCUGAAGGAGCAGCUGCAGCAUGAAAUACGCCGCCGCCACCCGUCCCUGCACCUCGCCAACUGAUCUCAGAUCAGCCUGUGCUCUAAUACCACACUAAUACCAGCACCAUUACAUAAACAGAACUGAUCUCAAAUCAGCCUGUGCAGUAAUCACCACACUAAUACCAGCACCAUUACAUAAACAGAACUGAUCUCAAAUCAGCCUGUGCAGUAAUCACCACACUAAUACCAGCACCAGUACAUAAACAGAACUGUUCUCAGAUCAGCCAGCAUCAACCAGUCCACCUCAGAUCUGCUACAGGAGCUGAUCUGAGAUCAGUGCAGUAGGAACCACCUUACAGUUCUGAUCUCAGUACUGAGAGCUUCAUGACUGUGGCUCAGGGGGGCGAUUUCCUCUAUUCAGGUUAAAAAAACCAUAAUAAAUAAUGUUAGUCUGAAGAUAACCACCCUUUUAUUUUUCUGUAGAUGAAAGGAUUUUUGGAGACAGAAUGCUGUUUAUUUUUCUGUGCACGCUGUGAUUUGUCAUAUUUUGAUUUUUGAUUUUAACAAAAUAAAAGAAUUUAAAGCAAA